AUGGUGGUUUGCACCUUCUUCCAGCAGGGCCGCUGCAAGUUCGGAGCUGGCUGCAAAUUUGAGCACCCUGGCCGAGGAAGUGCUGGCACAUCGGUAAAUCGAUUCAAUGCUUUGGGUGGAGGCUUCGGUGUGACGCCAGAUAUAAUCAGAGAUGACCUGACUGCGGGCAAAGGUCGUCCAGAAUGGAUAUUUUCUGCCUACGCACCCUCGAGAGAGGUCCCACGUCACCUCUUCGGCGGCCCUCACCGCGAGCGGAGUAUGGAAGAGAUGCGAGUGCGUCACUAUGAACUAGCUGCCGCCGGGAACAUCAAUGAAGCAGUGCAAGAAGCCUCAAACCUUUGGGCAGAAUGUGUGCAGCAGACGGACGCCGCAUUGAAUGACACGCGGGGUGCCACCAAAUAUGUCAUCGAUGGCAAGAAUGAACACCCCAAUCGAUUCGAUAUCAUCGAGGGCAAAGCAAAUGAUCCCUCGAACCAAGGCGCAACUGUUAGCCAGCCUUCCCCCUUCGGUCAGCAAAACACCAAUGCGGGACAAAACGCCGGUACUGCACCUGGGGCAUUCGCUGCUCCCUCCUCCACAUUCGGUCAAGCCCCAGGUUUUGGCCAGCCAUCCGGACUCGGUGCUUCUGCGCCCUCACAGCCAUCCGCCUUUGGCCAGCCCUCCGGACUUGGUGCUUCGGCACCCUCCCGGCCGUCAGCCUUUGGUCAGCCUUCUGGACUUGGUGCUUCAGCGCCCCAGCAGACAUCCGCCUUUGGCCAACCUUCCGGACUUGGCGCAUCACAGCCAUCUGCCUUUGGACAGCCUUCGGCGUUUGGUCAACCUUCUGCCAUGGGUGGCUCCGCCUUCGGCCAACCGUCGGCCAUAGGAGCGCAAUCUACACUGAAUAAACCAGCAUUCGGCCAGACAAGUCUUGGCCAACCAGGCGCCAAUGCGAAUCCCUUCGGUAAGCCUUCGGCUCUCGGAGGUAACGCCAGUGCUCCAUUCGGUGCACCCUCUGCUGCUUCUCCCUUCACUAAAAUCGCCCAAAAUCCGCCCGCCGCCAGCGGCUUCGGCCAAAGCUCAGGGCCACCUGGAGCGUCACCAUUCGGCCAAGCCGCAGCGAAACCUACUGCCUCACCAUUCGGGCAACCAGCCGCGGCGACUCAACCAGCGGCUCCAUUCGGCGCCCCUCAACCUUCAUCAUUCCCACCAGCCAACUCCAACCCAAACCCAUUUGGAGCGCCUGCCACGCAACCUCCGGCAGCAUCCCCCUUUGGCACCGCUUCACAGCCACAAUCACAACCUUCCCCAUUCGGGCGACCUGCCGCCCCCCCAGGCUCUACCAGCUAA